AUGAUCGGGUCACCCAGGAUCCUGUUCCUUGAUGAACCAUCCACUGGUAUGGAUCCUGUCUCCAGACGGUUUAUGUGGGAUGUCAUCUCCGAGAUCUCGACGUACAAUAAGGAGUCGACGGUGGUGCUGACCACGCAUAGUAUGGAGGAGUGCGAGGCGCUGUGCACUCGUGUCGGCAUUAUGGUCGGUGGGGAGCUCAAGUGUCUCGGCAGUGUGCAGCAUUUGAAGAAUCGGUUCGGUGACGGACUCAUGUUCGACGCGAAGUUGCAGACUCCAUCUGCAGAGGACGUCUCUGAACUUGUCCUGCGUCACUUUGACUCGGUCGACACUCGCAUCGAAGAGGGAGAUCUCACAGAGACUUGUCAGUUGUUCGGUAACGCGGCAUGGACACAGAAGAUCGUCAACACGCACCCGACUGGACACGCGAUCGCUAACCUUAUCAAGCGUGAUGGAUACGUCUCUGCCAAUAGCUUCGCGGCGUGGUGGAUCACUGAGACGAAGUUCGAGAAUGUGUUGGCGUUCUUACAGGAGAACUUCAGGUCGGUUGAGCUGCUGGAGCGUCAGCACGAUUCGUGCUGGUUCAAGAUCCACGACCAGCCAGCAGACGACGCCAAUAGCCUGCGUCUGUCGAAUGUGUUUGAGCUGGUGGAGAACGCCAAAUCUCGCUUGUCCAUUCGCGAGUACAGCGUCUCGCAGACCACAUUGGAACAGAUCUUCAACGCCUUCGCGAGCCAGCAGGAUGUGGAUGAGCCGGUCCUCAUCACGCCUACUAACAGCCCCAGCAACUCAGGAGGUACCAGGCGCGGGUUUCUUUCUCGUAUCCUGCAUCGGUAG